AUGACCCGGAAAAUGUGGGGCUUAAUUCCUGUGUUGGACUGCUCCCAGCUGCUGAGUCUCUGCCCUUCUCAGUGCAAACCCUCCGUCCGCACCAUCAUCACGACCCCGGCGCCCCCGGUUGACUCUCCUCCUCGCACCAUGUCGGCAGACCAAGCUUUUGUGACACUGGCCACAAAUGACAAUUACGCCAAAGGAGCCAUGGUCUUGGGCCAGUCAUUACGAAACCACAACACAACCAGGAAACUGGUCGCACUCGUAGGACCUCAUGUUGCACAACCUUCCAGAGAUGCACUCAGCUCUAUUUAUGAUGAGGUGGUUGUGGUGGACGUUAUGGACUCGGGGGAUUCAGCUCAUCUGUCCAUGAUGAAGCGUCCGGACCUCGGAGUCACCUUCACCAAACUGCACUGCUGGACUCUCACACAAUACAGCAAGUGUGUGUUCAUGGACGCAGACACAUUGGUGCUGUCAAAUAUCGAUGAACUCUUUGAGAGGGAGGAACUGUCUGCAGCUCCAGAUCCUGGUUGGCCAGACUGUUUCAACUCCGGGGUGUUCGUCUUCAGACCGUCCAAUGAGACACACGAGAAGCUACUCACAUUCUGCAGCGAAAACGGCAGCUUCGACGGUGGAGAUCAGGGGGUUCUCAACAGUUUCUUUAACACCUGGGCAACAGCAGAUAUUUCCAAACACCUUCCCUUUAUCUACAACCUCAGCAGUAUCGCCAUCUACUCCUACCUGCCAGCAUUCAAACAGUACGGCCGUGAUGCCAAGGUGGUGCAUUUCCUCGGCAAGGUGAAGCCGUGGAGCUACUCCUACGACUCUCAGAGGGGCGAGGUCAAAGGUCACUCCCUGUCCCCGGACCAGUGCCAUCUGCACCCCGACUACCUUCUCAUGUGGUGGCAGCUGUACGCCAAAUCAGUGAUGCCUUUACUGCAGAAUGCGUACGGGGACACUCCAUUUAACAGCGGCUUCCUAGAGGCAAGCGAGGAGAAUAAGCUUCAGGAGGAUGUGAGAGAGCACCCGGCACCCUUCGCCCCUCCUCCGCAGAAGGUUUCAUCACAGGAGAGGAAGCAGCGCUGGGAGCAGGGCCAGAUCGACUACAUGGGUGACGACUCCUUCGCCAACAUCGAACGAAAGCUUGACUCCUUUUUGAAGUAGCGGGCAGGCGAGGGAGCGUGGCGGACAGAGAGAGCACCAGUUGCCGGCUGAGCAGUGCUCAGCCAAUCACAGGGGCUUGAUUAGCAGGUGACUGGAUGAAUGCCUCUGUGCACCGUUCAGCCAGUAGACUGUUAAUCAGUACACAUAUACAGUCUAUGGUUCAGCCUCACUCUCUGCUUACUGUCAGUGUGUUUGUGAAUGACAGAGCAGACACAAUUCCCAUGCACUCUAAUCAUUUAUUCUGUCUGUCAGAGGAAAAAGUUUGACAUUUUCGGGAAUGAAAGUCAUUCUGUUUCUUGCCGACAGUUUGAUGAGAAGAUUGAUACUCAUGUGGUAAAUAUGAAGCUGCAGCCAGCAGCCGGCUUACUUAGCUUAGCAUAAAGAUUGGAAACCACUAGCAUCAGCUGUGACCUCAGCACUGCGGACAUCACACAUCUGUAUUUUUAUUUUGACCUCUUCAAAGAUAACGUUGUUGUUAUGUAUUGUUACUUGACUGUUUCUCAGCUUAGCCUAUUUUGGCAUAUAACCACUCCCACCACUUCGACUACACUUAUACAGAUUCAAAAGCGGAGAUACAAAUUAGUGAACUUCAGAGCUGCUGGUCGGUGGAUUUUGUUACAUUUGAACAUAGCCUGGGUAGCUUUUUAGCUGUUUCCAUUCUUUGUGUUUGCUGUACAGACAAUAGACUGUUUAUAAAGAUGGACAACAUGACAACUUUCCAAAAGUGAAGCCAAAUGAUUUUGAUCGCCCCCUGGUGGCUAGCUGCAGAAUAAGUGAUAAAUCCCACCCCCUCCAUGUGAGCUGAUAGGGUUGUAAGAAAAAUAUAUCGAUACACUUCAGUAUCAAAAGCUUAUGUUCUGCGAUACUGUAUCCACUCUCAAAAUGUAUCGAUUUUUUUAAAAAUUGCACAAAUAUUAGUGCUAUGAUGUUGGAUGUUACAGAGACUGUGAUAAAUGCUUACACAGAUCUCACUGUUCUCAUAAAAGUAAACAUUUUUUUACUGAUAUUUUAUGCAUAUAGUGGAUUGCUCUUUAUACUGUGACAGUUUUCCGCAAAAUUAGAGAAAAACAAAACACAAUAUCUUGUUAUAUUUUGCUAUACAUUUAAUCAUAACUCCUGUGUAUAUAAUGCGUAUCCUAUGACCAGAUUCUUGCCAAUAUACAGCCCUAUUAGCAGAUAGGAUAUGGGUCAAACAAAAAAAAUCCAACAUGUUAAAUCAUUUUUUUUUUUUACAAACAAAACAUUAUUUUCUGUCAUGACGGAUUCUUAUCACACUGAUGUACAUUGAAGUAUUUCUGAUUUGGUUUUAAUGAGUUAUUUGUUGCUAUAAAAAGGGACAUCGCUGUAAUUAACUUAUGAUUGAGUGGGCGUGCGUAUGGAGGGAAUCUUGACACCACGGCUCAUCCUAUAGAUCACUACUGUGCAGACUCUGACUCAAAAUUACACCACGAGCACCAGAUGGCUCGGGGUGUGUGUUUCUUCAGAGGGAGGAAGUGGAGAUGUGUCAUUCAUCUUUUGAAACAGUCUAUGGUACAGAUGUUAGUGGUGUAAUCUUCUCAUCCAAC